ACGGGGCGGCGCUGUCCCGGCGUGCCUUGCGGGCGGAGAGGUGAGGCCUGCUUCUUCCUCGGCUGAGGAGGAGGCAGGCUGGGUGGGUGAGGAUGCUGCGGUGCAUGCCGCCCUUGUGGCGGUGCAACCGGCAGGUGGAGGCGCUGGACCGGCGGCACUGCUCGCUCCAGGCCGUGCCCGACGACGUCUUCCGCUACAGCCGCUCCCUCGAGGAGCUCCUCCUCGACGCCAACCAGCUCCGGGAGCUGCCCAAGCCUUUCUUCCGGCUCCUGAACCUGCGUAAACUGGGCCUGAGCGACAAUGAGAUCCAGCGCCUGCCUCCGGAGGUGGCCAACUUCAUGCAGCUGGUGGAGCUGGACAUCUCCCGCAAUGAUAUCCCUGAGAUCCCGGAGAGCAUCAAGUUCUGCAAGUCCCUGGAGAUCGCCGACUUCAGUGGGAACCCCUUGUCCAGGCUCCCCGAGGGCUUCACGCAGCUGCGCAGCCUCUCCCACCUGGCCCUGAACGACGUCUCCCUGCAGCACCUGCCCAGCGACAUUGGCAAUUUGGCCAACCUGGUGACCCUGGAGCUGCGUGAGAACCUGCUGAGGUCCCUCCCAGCAUCUCUCUCAUUCCUGGUCAAGUUGGAGCAACUGGACCUUGGUGGAAAUGACCUGGAAGUGUUGCCGGACACCUUGGGCGCCCUCCCGAACCUCCGGGAGCUCUGGCUGGACAGGAACCAGCUCUCCUCGCUGCCCCCCGAGCUGGGGAACCUGCGCCGCCUGGUCUGCCUGGACGUCUCGGAGAACAAGCUGGCACAGCUUCCGGGCGAGAUCUGUGGCCUGGUGGCCCUGACCGACCUGCUCCUCUCCCAGAACCUGCUGGAGUCCAUUCCGGACGGCAUCGGCCAGCUGAAGCAGCUCUCCAUCCUGAAAGUGGACCAGAACCGGCUGGCAGAGCUGACCGAAGCCAUUGGAGACUGCACAAACCUCUCAGAGCUCAUCCUCACUGAAAACCUGCUGCCGACCCUGCCCAAGGCCCUGGGGAAAUUGACCAAGCUGACCAACCUCAACGCGGACCGGAACCGGCUGGUGGCCCUCCCCCCGGAGAUCGGCGGCUGCAGCAGCCUCAACGUCCUCUCCCUGCGGGACAACCGCCUGGAGUUCCUCCCCGCGGAGUUGGCUGGCACCACGGAGCUCCACGUCCUGGAUGUGGCUGGGAACCAGCUGCAGCACCUGCCCUUUGCGCUGACCAGCCUCAACCUGAAGGCUCUCUGGUUGGCCGAGAACCAGUCGCAGCCCAUGCUCAAGUUCCAGACCGAGGACGACGAGAAGACCGGCCAGAAAGUGCUGACCUGCUACCUCUUGCCCCAGCAGCCCUCCCCCAGCCUCGAGAACCUCCUGCAGAGCAGUGUGGAUGAGAGCUGGACGGACACCAACCUCAACCGGGUCAGCGUGAUCCAGUUCAUGGACGACCCCAAAACGGGGGAGGAGGAGGAUGAAGACGAAGCGGGGGCAGAAAGGAGGGGCCUGCAGCGGAGGGCCACCCCACACCCCAGCGAACUCAAGUCCAUGAAGAAGGUGAUGGAGGGCCGGCGCAGCGAGGCCAAGAUGGCUGCCGAGAGGGGCGACCCUGGUUCAGAGAAGAGACACAGCGCCACUUCCAACCGCAGCGAGGACUCCCGCCUCUCCGGGAGCACCGUCUCCAGCAGCGGUCGCCCGGAGGAGGAGGAAGGCGAGGCGGCUCCCACGGCAACGAGAGGGGGCGAGGGAACGGGGGGCUUUGGGGCCGAGGAGAAGGGGCGACCACAGCAGGAGCUGGCCGCGCUGCAGGAGGCGGCAACGGGCCAAGAGGAGGAGGAGGAGGAAGAAGAAGAGGAAGAAGAGUACAGCGAGCCCACGGUCCACUUUGCGGAAGGCAUCCGCGGCGGAGAGGAGGACGAGGACGAACAGGGGGGCCACUGGGGGGCCGGGGAGGAGGAGCCCCCCUUCCCCGCCGGGAAGCAGCGCCUGAUCCGCAAGGACACCCCGCACUACAAGAAGCACUUCCGCAUCGCCCAGCUGCCGCGACCAGAAGCAGUGGUGGCCCUCCUACAGGGACUGAGUGCGGAUGGGGGGCCCCGCGUGGAGGAAGAGGAGGAGGAGGAGGAGGAAGUAGAGGAGGAGCAAGAGGAAGAAGAGUCAGAGAGGGCGCCGGAGGUGGCAGAGGAGGAGGAGGAGGAGGAGCGACCCCUGCGGACGGCCUGGGAGGAGGAGGAGGAAGCUCGGCUUGGGACCCCUGCCGCUCCGCCCUCGGUCAAGGGGGUGUCGUUUGAUCAAGCCAAUAACCUGCUGAUUGAACCUGCUCGCAUUGAGGAGGAAGAGCUGACCCUGACCAUCGUGCGCCAGACCGGGGGGCUGGGCAUCAGCAUCGCGGGGGGCAAGGGCUCCACCCCCUACAAGGGGGAUGACGAGGGCAUCUUCAUUUCCCGCGUCUCCGAGGAGGGUCCGGCUGCACGCGCAGGGGUGCGAGUGGGGGACAAGCUCCUGGAGGUAAAUGGCGUGUCGCUGCACUGUGCGGAGCACCACUUGGCAGUGGAAGCCCUGCGGGGGUCCGGCAGCUCCGUCUCCAUGACCGUCCUGCGGGAGCGGAUGGUGGAGCCCGAGAACGCCGUCACGGUGACCCCGCUGCGCCCCGAGGAUGACUACAGCCCCCGGGAGAGGAGGGGCGGCCUGCAGUUCCCUGAGCGGCCGGACGGAGCCGGCCCCCCCACGGAGCGCCUCUCCGCCUGCCUCACGCGCAAUGAGCGUGGCCUAGGCUUCAGCAUCGCAGGUGGCAAGGGCUCCACCCCAUAUCGGACGGGGGACACGGGGAUCUUCAUCUCUCGGAUUGCGGAGGGCGGCGCGGCCCAUCGGGACGGGACCCUGCGAGUGGGAGACAGGGUCAUCCUGAUCAAUGGGGUAGACAUGACGGAAGCCAGGCAUGACCAGGCCGUAGCGCUGCUUACCGCCGCCUCCCCCUCCAUUGCCCUCCUGGUUGAGAGAGAGGCUGCCUCCACCGCUGCCGCUGCUGCACUUCUUCCGGGUGAGGGGGCCCCCGCUGCUGCCCAGGGGCUCCGUGCCCAGAGGGCCCCCUCCCCACCCCCAGCGCCGCUGACCGCUCACCGAGGGAGCCCCACUGAGGAGGAGGAGGAAGAAGACAACGAGGAGGAGAUGCCUGGACAGCACUGCCGCCGGACCCAUCCCCUCGAGGGCCAGUUCCCUGUGGAGGAGGUGUGCCUCGUCAAAGCUGGGGGGCCGCUGGGGCUCAGCAUCGUGGGGGGCAGCGUGGGGGGGCAGUCGGGGGGACAAACUUUGGGAAGGGAAAAAAAUCAGCCACGCGGGCCUUCGGUCAGCUCCUAUAGAGAUCCGUGGGGGUCUUCAGUCUCCAAGGUGAUCCCUCAGGGCCUGGCCGCCCGGAGCGGGCUGCGUGUUGGGGACCGGAUCCUGGAGGUGAACGGCGUGGAUUUGCGCCACGCGAAGCACCAGGAGGCAGUCAGUGCCCUGCUCUCCUCGGCACAGGAGCUGCAGAUGGUGGUCCGGAGGGACCCUCCCCCACCUGGCAUGGAGGAGAUCUGCAUUGAGAAGCGGCCGGGGGAGAAGCUGGGCAUCAGCAUCCGAGGGGGGGCCAAGGGCCACGUGGGGAACCCCUUCGACCCCACGGACGAAGGCAUCUUCAUCUCCAAGGUCAGCUCGACAGGGGCGGCAGCACGUGACGGGCGCCUGCGUGUGGGUCUGCGCAUCCUGGAGGUGAACCACCAGAGCCUUCUGGGCAUGACGCACACGGAGGCCGUGCAGGUCCUGCGAGGCGUGGGAGACGCCCUCCUCAUCCUGGUCUGCGAAGGCUUCGACCCCAAGGCCAUGGCCGCCAUGGAGAUGUCUCCGGGCAUCAUCGCCAACCCCUUCGCGGCUGGGAUCGGGCGCAAGAACAGCCUGGAGAGCAUCUCCUCCAUUGACCGCGACCUCAGCCCGGAGGAGCUGGACAUCCUCCAGAAGGAGAUGGAGAUGGUCAGGGAGACGGCCCAGUGGGAGAGGGAAGAGGCCGAGGAAGCGGAGCGGGUGCGCAAGGAGCGAGAGACGGCCGCACGCCUGGCAGCAGAAGAGGCAGAGGAGGCGAAUGCGCAGCCUCUUCGCCUGGAUUACCGGACCCUGGCGGCGGUGCCCAGCAGCGGCCUCCAGAACAGCGUGCGCAGCAGCCCCUCCAACAGCCUCCCCUCUCACGACAUGGAGGAGGCGGAGGGGGAGGCGCCGAGCCUGGUGGACUCUCAGCCCAUCCCUUUCAGCGCCAACCCUUUUGUGCUGGCCAACCGGAAGGGUGGGGCGCGCCUGGGGGGCCCUCCCCUCGGCUACGGAAAGGGGGGCAUCCUGAAGACCAGCCUCUGCGCCAAGGUGUCCGCACCUGGGGAGGGCGAAGCAGGAGCCCGGAGGGAGCCCCCUUGUGGCGGUGGCAGUGCCAGCAGCGCCCAGCAGCCGCCUGGCUCCGCGGCCCCCCUCCGGCCUGUCCACCUGGUGGGCAGAGAGACCCGUUUUGCCUCCGUCCAUUUUGUCCCUGCUCAGAGCGAGAACAAGCCGACCAAGCCUGGGACCAUCCAGCCCGUCUCCCGCCUGCGAGCGGGGCCCGGCCUGCCCCCUGUGGCCGAUGGGCGGGAGGGUGGCCCAAACCCCUUCCAGCCGCCGGAGGGGCCCCGCUCCAGCGCCCACAGCUCCCCUCGCUCGCCGCGACCCCCUCCUUCACCGGAUGAAGCCACGCCGGUCAGUGCCAAGCAGGUCUACAAGGCCUUUGCAGCCGUCCCUGUACCUCACCUGUUCCUGGAGACAGAGGACGCCUCGGGCCAGAAGGGCACGGAGAAGGCCCAGCUCACCCCCUGCGAGGUGCCGUCUCCGGGGGGGCUCCACAGCCCCGAGCAGCGUUCCUUCCGCGAGAGGCAGAAGUACUUUGAGGUGGAGCUGAAGCAGCCCCCGCCGGCCGAGAAGACCCCCAAGAGGGUCUCCCUGGUCGGGGAGGACGACCUGAAGAAGAUGAAGGAGGAGGAAGCGCGGAAGUUGCAGCAGAAGCGGGCACAGAUGCUGGAGGAGGAGGACGAGGACGAAGAGGAGGAGGAAGGCCUGGGGAGGGGGAGGCACGGGCCCCCCGACACGGACCCCCCGUCCAGCAUCUUCAUCGAAGGGAUUGAGUACAAAGUGGAGAGGCUCUUGCCAACGCCACCACCCUCCGCGGCAGCAGCAGCAGCCGCCGCCUCCCGGCUGAGCCCCCCCUUUGCGAGGGUGGGGGAGUCGGGCCCCCCGGUGCGGACGGCCAAGGCGGAGCGGAGGCACCAGCAGCGGCUGCGCAUGCAGAGCCCGGAGCAGCCUUCGCCUCCUGGGUCCGGCGAAGAGGAGGCGCUCUCCCCGGCCGAGCGGAGGGCCCUGGAGGCCGAGAAGAGGGCCAUGUGGAGGGCCGCGCGGAUGAAGUCCCUGGAGCAGGACGCACUGAAGGCCCAGAUGGUCAUCGCCAAGUCCAAGGAGGGCCGCAAGCGGGGGACCCUGGAGCAGCUGGCCGAGUCCCCCUCGCCCGCCCCCACCCCCUCCCCAACGCCCCCCGAGGAGUGCAGCUCCCGGAUCGUGGCCUCCCCUGGACGCCUGUCUGUACCCGAAAAGAAGUUUCUCUACAGAGAAUUUGCGGCCAUCCCUUCCUCCAAACCUGUUUAUGACAUCCAGACGCCGGACCUUGGGGACACCUGCAGAUCCCUCCUGAACAACUGCAGCAGCAGCAGCAGCCCAGUGGGUCCGAAGGAGGAGGCCUUGUCCGCCACGCGCCCCCCUGCGGGGUCUCCUCGGGAGGAGGCCGGGCUCUUUGGGGGCCAGCGCGGCCUGGGACACGCUCCGCAGGCGCAGCAGCGCAGCCUGGAGGCCCCCGCCGUCCCCACAUAAGGGACCAGCCCCUCCCUCCCUCCCUCUCUGGGGGGCUCUGAGGAAGACCACCCCCAGUGCUGGAGCUCUGCCUCUGUGGGCAGCGUGGGUGACACUGGACACUGGACAGCGCAAGCACAUGCCUUUCUCGCCUUCCCUCCCCCUCCAGGCCUUGGGGCAAGGGGCAGCAGCGUGGGGCGGAGCGUGUACAUACUUUGGGGGCGCAGCCGCAGAGGGCGAGGGUUGCCAAAGGGCGCCUUGCCCCUCCCCUCGCCUGCCGUGGGGCUCCUCUGGCGACAGGGAGGGAGGGAGGUGGGGCGACCAGACGGAGCGGAGGGGCGAGGGGCUAGCUGAGUAGAGCAGUCUUGAGCAGGACGGGGGGCGGUGGUCUAGUUGGGUGUAGUGAGUGAGUAAGGGAGUGGCGGUGGGGCAGAGGGGUGCGCCCCGGCCCCACGGCUUCCUCCGAUGUGGGCAGCCCCAAGUAGUGAGUGACGGCUUCCCUUGGGUGAGGGUAGACGGGCCUGCCCCCCUUCCCCCGCUCAGUGGGCGGCCAUUUUAGCAGGAGUUGUUGUUGUUGUUGUGGUGGGUGGUUUUAGGCGGGGCGCUUCCUCCUCCUCGGGCUGCGCGGGGGGGCCGCUUCUUCGCCGAUGACGACGACUGACUGACC